AUGGCAUCCCUCUUCCAACUGAAUUCGAAAAACGCUCGUGCAGUGCACGAUAAACAUCUCGAUCUUGUUUCGAAAUACUUGGUCCAUCGGCCCGAGGUCGAAAGGCUAUACAAUGUCGCAAGGACGAAGAUCGUUGCAUCUGUCUCUUGCCAGAUGGAUGUGGAUGAAGAAUGCAAGGGCGGUAUUGAUGCAUAUUUAGGGGACAUUUGUAAUCUUUUUCGUUUCUUCCGUCGAUCGAGAUACGACGAAUCAAAGGCACUUGACCUUCUUACUGCUACCGUAGUAUGGCGUAUUCGGACUGGUUUGCAUCUGGUAUCGCUGGAUUCUUUGCAUUCGUUGUAUGUGGUACCGGAGGUGCGGAAGCGGCCGUUGUUUUGGAUGAAUAGCUGUUUUAGAGAUUUUUAUGGUAGACCUUGUGCCCUUGUAAGUUUGAAAUCCCUUGAGAGGGAUGGGGAGGAUAGAUUGGAUCAGUUGAGGGAGUGUAUUGUUGCGAGUAUGGAGAUUAUACGUCGCUAUGUGGGCGAUUUGUAUCGCCAGUCGAGUGGAAUAGGCGAAAGCGAAGGGGAGCGGGAGAGGGAGAGGAAGAAAGAGCAAAUCGUACUGCAGGCAUCGAUAGCGGUGGAUUUGCAGUCGAGUGGAAUAGCAAAUCUCGAACUGGAACUUGUCCCAUUCCUCCUCGACUUGCUUAAAAACCAUGUUCCCGGAAUGGUCGGUGCUGUUUACGUUCUCAACUAUGGAUGGGUUCAUGCGGGGAUGUGGGUGCUGAUCAAACGCCUAUUACCGCAACAGGCCUUGGCCAAGAUUUUCUUUCCAAGUCAUGACGAGUUGAAGGAGCAUUUCGAUGUGAAGAACAUCCCCAGGUGUUAUGGUGGCCAGUUGGACGUCGAGGUGGAUGCGAGUAGUAACGAUGUUUUGCCGAGAUAUAGUAGGCCGAGACGUGCGGCUGCGUCUAAUGUAGGCAAUGGCGAACCCAUCAGUCCGAGAGUGGGGCAGCAUAUAAGUAGGACGAAUUCAUACGAAAGCAUCCAUGAGGUGUUUUAUUCGCCUCAUUCAACUCCUUGGGCUAGUCGAGCGAUGACUCCGAGACAUAGCGAACCCUCGACUCCUAGGGGCGAGCGAGGUGCGGGCGCAGGAGGCGGAGGCGCAAGCGGGUGGAAGAUGACUCCUAGUGCAGCUAGCAAGUUGAAACAUCUGCAGAUGUCGAGGGGGGAUCUUUCGAGUGCUGCUGCUGAACAUGGAUAUGCGGGGACCGGUAGGGCCAGGAGUGUUUCUGAUGCGAGAGUAUCGAUUGUUGAUGGUAGAGCGGUUGGCUUAAGUGUUAGUACUGGAGUAAGUCCAUUUGUCACGCCGGCUAUGACUCCAGUUGGACCUUUGAGUCCGAGAAUUGACAGGAGCAAUCCGGAUCGACAUGUGCCAUUCUCCAGCGACAGAGAGGCUUCCCCGCUACGAAGAGUAGGUGCAACUAGCAACUUGAAGCUCUACCUACCCGAACAAGAUGAAGAAGCACUCCUGCCCAGUGAAAGCGAAGAUUCAGAUGCCAGCGGGAAAGAUGGAGAACUGCUCACCCCACCGAACACCAACCAAGGCGGUCUCUUGAAUCGAUUGCAACGUCUGAGCGAAACACACUUUACCUCUACCUCUCGCUCGAACUACAAACCUCAAGACGCUCUCGAAAAACAACGAGAAGCAGAAGGAACAAUCAUGUACAUCCACCCGACUCGCUCUUGCGCUCAUCUUGAAGUACCUCAUCUCGACGAGCCGCCUGUACAGCAACAUCUGGCGCACAUGUUGUUCUCGCACCGCACCCGUCGCUCUGCUCGAGACGGUCUGGUUUCACCGUACAAUGCAAACAACCCUUUCUUCGGUUACCCAGCUUACAAUCCGCAAGCAUCUGCAAAUCACCCGCAGCCUACGUUUAGGUUGGGUGCAAGUGGUACUCCGCAACACCUUCAUUCGAGACGCAGGAAGAGGGAUCUUUUGCGUACGUUGACGUAUUUGUUUGUCUUGCGCAUAUUAGCCUUGCAUAGGAGGCUCAGAUGCAGGUUUACCCUUUUGUGGAGGCAAGUGCGGACGACAUUUGCGAUUGGUGCGAAUGCGAAUGCGAAGGGGGAGAAAGGGGGGUCUUUGGCAAAGGUGGCGAAGAUAUUUUUAGGUGCGAUGGUGUUGCUUUUCCUAUUGAGGCCUGAGUGGAGGAGGAGGAGGAUCGUGAGGGUUUAUAGCGUCCUGGUGGGCAUGAGGGAUGAGGGCAGUGUUGGUUGGGAAGAGUGGGAGAGGCGUGGUGUUCCCCUUAAGGUGGAUGGUAAGCGUGCAAGUUGGACGGGAUUGCAUGUUGGGAAGCGUCUCGCAAUCAUAUCUGAUUCUUCCAAGGUGAAGGUCAGCAUAGCUGCGGCCAGUGGUGGGAAGGGAAAAGCUCGUGCAACAAACGCAAUCGCUAUCGUUGGAGGUCUAGUUUCGGCAGCUGGUCUCGCCUACCUCUUAUAUAACUACCUGCCUUCCUCUUCCACUCCGAAGGAAUCCGAUGAUGACCAUGUCUCUGGUCGCCGAGGCUCCCUGAAAUCCACCAGCAGCAGCACUUCGCCCAUCCGUCCCAGUCUCUCCCUCUCCCUCUCCCCAACCUUCAUUCGCGAUCGCGCUUCGAUCUCGGGCCUGCGCACACUCCUCACCACACUCUCACCUCUAUUCGUCAUCCACGUAAUCCUUCCCGGAUCAGAAGACGAGGAGCUUUCUGCUUCCAUCUCUUCCCUUAUCCAUUCCCUAUCCACGCCUACCGCCAUUCCGGAGUUGGACGUUAGGAGGAUUUUGGAAUACACGCGAUCCUCGGGUCGAUUUGCACUAAGCAGAGCACUUGCCUGCGAUUGCCAUGUGGAAGUUUUCUUUCCUGGAUCCAGGCAUGAAGCGACCGUUGUCGAGUUGGCUAGGCUCAGAACAUGUUGUUCAUUCGUCCUCUUUGCUAGUUUCCAGCGGGAGGAUCAAGUGUUGCACGAGUUGAGCCGACAAGCGAGUGAGGAAGGGAGGCAGCAUGCUCCUAGUGGGAUGGGAGUGAUUGAUUUGAGUUCUGUUGACGAUGGAUGGGUUCAACUGGGUGCAACGUUGAAGGCCUUGAGAAAUGGUUGGAAGACAUCUUAA